GUCAAAAACCACGCAACAAAUGGGCGCCUGUCUCAGUGUCGAUGCCAAGGACGAAAGCGCCGUCAAGGACCGCGCGAUUGAGAAGCAGAUCAAGUCUGAGAUUGCCGAGAAGGACCAGACCAUCAAGAUGCUCCUGCUAGGCACCGGUGAAUCCGGAAAAUCCACCCUCGUCAAGCAGAUGCGCAUCAUCCACAGCGACAACUUCAACGAAGGCGAGCUCUUUGACUUUAAGAAGACGGUUCGCGAAAACUCGGUCGAGGCCAUCAAGCUGAUUCUCGAGCAAAUGACCAAGCUGAACAUUGAGUUUGGAGCCCCCGACACGACCCAGGCGGUCACCCAGCUCGGCCAGUUGCCAACCGUCAUCUCUGACGCCAUGGUGGAGUCCGCUGCUGGCGUUAUGGCAAAGAUUUGGGCCGACUCUGGCGUUCAAGCCGCCUACGCUCGUCGCAACGAGUAUUACAUGCUCGACUCUGGUCCCUACUUCCUUGAGAGCAUUGGACGCAUUUUCGACAUUACGUACAUGCCGACUCAGCAGGAUAUUGUUCGCACUCGUGUCCGAACAACCGGCAUGGUUGAAACCAAGUUCAAGUACCGCGACAUCAUCUUCCGCAUGGUGGACGUUGGUGGUCAACGCUCCGAGCGCCGCAAGUGGGUGCAAUGCUUUGGCGACGUCAACGCGGUCAUCUUUGUGGCGGAUAUUGCCGCUUAUAACCAACGCCUAUUCGAAGACGCGACGGUGAACCGUCUCGACGAAGCGCUCCAGACCUUCCAAGGCAUUGCCAACAACCGCUAUUUCGAUGACUCUGCCGUCAUCCUUUUCCUGAACAAGACUGACUUGUUUGAUGCCAAGCUGAAGGAGGUGCCGUUCAACACAGUCUUCCCCCGCUUCAAAGGCAACCCCACCGACCCGGACGACGUCAAAAAGUACCUCGUUCGCAAAUUCUUGGAGCAGUUCAAGCGCUCGCAAAACGAGAAAAAGAUUUACUACCACUUCACCUGCGCCACCGACACGGAGAAUGUCAAGGUCAUUUUGGGCGCCGUUACCGACUCUAUCGUUCAGGCAAAUCUGCGCAGCGUCGGCUUGAUAUAAAAAGCCUCCCUCCCCCAACACCUGCGACAAGAGGCCUGCUUUUCCCUCCCGCUUUGUUUAUUGACCCAUCCUUGUUUAUGCGUCCACGAUAUUUCAACUCUUGGUUUUCGUUUGCGUUGUGAGUCUUGUUUUCGUUUUGUGACGUUGAAUGUUUUCGGGGGAGACAAAAAUGCAUCGGCUGCCUGGUUGCGCCUGGCGUUUCACUCCCUUCUUGUUCUAAACACCUCUCAAUUGAUUUGACUGUUUAGUGUGCUCGCUAUGUGCUCUUGUUUUUGAAUUUACAAUACACAAAAAUAUGCUAAAAAUGAC